GAGUCCAGAGAGAGCUUCAUUCAUUCUCCAUAAACCUUAAAUCCCCAAUUUUUUUAAGCUAAGAACGAAAGUGAAAUCGUGAACUUCAUCUUCUUCCUCUUCUCUCUUCCAAACAAACCCCUUAUUCCGGAUUCUCACGGUUUUGCACACUUCUCAAAGCUUGGAACGAUGGAGAGUGAUGGAGAAGAAGAAGUGAGAAGGAUUGUGACUGAUGAAGAAAAGCUAGAAGCCCAAAAUUUCAACAUAUUCGAUCUCCCUGACGUACCUAAAGGACUUCCUCCGCAUCUGGAACUCCAGCGAACUCGUGUUGUCUGCGAAGUUAAAGCUCCUUUACAUGCCACGGGUACCAUUUACUCGGGUGCCUAUAUCUCUUCGGGAGUGGACAACAGUGUGAAUCUAGAAAACUUCUCUGAGAAUUUCAAAGUUGAUGUGAUUAGUCUCACAAAGACAGAUAUGGUGUUCGAUAUGAUUGGUAUCCCUCCAGGAGUCGCUAAUGCUUUCAGAAGAAUCCUCUUAGCUGAGCUUCCUUCAAUGGCUAUUGAAAAAGUGUUUGUAGUAAACAACACUUCUAUUAUUCAAGACGAAGUUCUUGCUCACAGGUUGGGUCUUAUUCCAAUCGUGGCUGAUCCGAGGCUCUUUGAAUAUUUAUCCGAAAACGAUCAGCCAAAUGAAAGGAACACCAUUGUUUUCAAACUCCAUGUGAAAUGUCCAAAAGGUGACCCGCGUCGUAAAGUUUUAAGUAGCGAAUUGAAAUGGUUACCAAAUGGGAGUGAGCUUCUCAAAGAAUCAGCAGGAGGUUCAACCACAAAUCCAAAAACUCAUACUUCAUUCAGCCGCAGCCAAGAUUCCUUCCCUGAAUUUGCAGAUAAUCCUAUCAUGCCGAGCUUUCAAGAUAUAUUGAUAGCAAAACUCGGCCCUGGCCAGGAGAUUGAGCUUGAAGCUCAUGCGGUUAAGGGCAUUGGUAAAACACAUGCAAAGUGGUCUCCAGUAGCUACGGCUUGGUAUCGAAUGUUUCCUGAGGUGAUUCUACUAAAGGAAUUUGAGGGUAAGCAUGCUGAAGAACUCGUAAAAGUCUGCCCCAGGAAAGUUUUUGACAUUGAAGAGAUGGGCCAAGGUAGAAAAAGGGCAACCGUAGCUCGGCCGCGUGACUGCUCCUUGUGUAGAGAAUGCUUAAGAGAAGGAGACGAAACAAUAGAAGGAGAAGCAAAAUCAAAAGGUAAAGCAGAAGCAAAAUCAGAAGGAAAAACAGAAGCAAAAUCAGAAGGAAAAGCAGAAGCGAAAGGAAAAAGAGAUUGGGUGGACCAAGUGGCUCUGCGCCGUGUCAAGAACCAUUUUAUAUUUACAAUCGAGUCUACCGGAUCACAGCCUCCGGACGUUCUUUUCACAGAAGCAGUGAAGAUAUUGGAAGACAAAUGUGAACGUGUAAUCUCUGAACUCUCUUGAGAAGAGGUCUUAUAGGUUUAACUCUACCGGUUUAGUUCAGUUUUGGGUUUUGUAUCGAGAGUUUAUACGAAGAACACUGACAUUUUGUGGGUUUUUGGUUCGACAAUCGGUUCAAAUUAGAAUUCAUUUGAACGUUGAAGAGAAA